GGGGGGGUUCCGUUUACUUUUAACGCCAAUUUGGUCGGGUCAUUACGCGCGACGUGCCGCUUUGUUUCUGAUGGAAUAUCACCUUUAAAUUCUAACUACACCGUCUUAUUUAUAGUUUUUAAAAAAAAAAUAUUCUGAGCGAUGCGUUCCAGAUACAGUCGCGUUUACCGAGUGCGCGUGUGCGCGCGCAACAAACGUGGAUGUCGGUGGAUAUGCAGGAAUUGUUCAAGAAGAAUCCUGGAGAGGUAAAAAAAACAAAAACCUGUGGCGUUGGAGGAAGAGAGAGUCGAGGAGCCGAGGCGUGAAGAGGAAGGAUUCUCUGCGCAGAGACAAACCGGAAAUAAAGAGCGGAGCACAGCUGAGUUGGAAAUGGAAAGAAGAAGCAGAAGAAGAAAAAAGAAGAGGAAAAUAUAAUAUCUCUGUAAAGAGGGAAAAUGGCUGAGAGACGCAGAAAGGAUCCGCAGAGUGAGAGGACCACACACAAGACCCCUUCUGCCAGGAGAGGGGCAAGGAGCAGAGAGACAGACGAGGAGAAGAAAAAGAAGACGUCUUGGAAACACACCCCUCCCCCCUCCUUCCCUCACACACAUAAACAGUCACACCUCCCCUUCCCACCCAUCAGCUAUUUUUUACACCCAACAAGUAUCCUAUCAUAAGAAACAAAGUUUGUUUCUUCCUCGUUGGAAAGAAGUAAAUCCUUCCAGAGAAACUCCACUCCCUGAGCAGAAGAAGAAGUAGAAGAAGAAUAGGAAGAAGAAGAAGAAGAAGAAGAUGGCCUCGAGGUCUCUGAAAGUGGUGCCAUCCAAGUUCUUAGGAGCUUUCUGGAAGCCGUUUCCUGCCAUCACAAUAUCAGAAAAUAAGAGGAAAUCUUUCGGUCAGAUUGCAGGAGACCGUUGGAGAGACACCGUCACGUGACCCCCGGUACCAAAUGGUCUUCCGGCAGUGGCUCUCAACAAGGACCGGAGCACAAGACGCCACUUCUCUCAGAAAUGCAGAAGACAACAUACUACGACAACUCCUCUGCACUUUUCGGUGGCUACUCGUCCUACCAGGUGCAGGGGGCAGCGGCAGCCGGCAACGGCUUUGGGGGCUACGAUGCACCGGUCCCAGUGUCCCACCACCAGCCGGCCUUCCAGUCAGCCCCCCAUCUGGACGUGGAUUCGUACCAGCGCUCUGCCUGCUCUUUACAGUCACUGGGCAGCAACAGCGGCCACCAGCAGCAGCUAGCCAAGACCAAGGAGCUGAAUGGCAGCUGCAUGCGGCCCAGUUUGCCACCUGAGCACCUCCCCGGCCCCCAGGUGUCCCCCCCAUUGCCCCCCAACCCCAGCAGCAGUAAUACUGGGGCUCAGCAGCCAGGGGGCAGUGCCGGGGCCUCCUCGCUCACUAAAUCAGGCCCCAAUAAGUCGUCUAAUUCCUCUUCCUCCACGUCAUCCUCCACGUCUUCCUCCUCCUCUUCGCUGCCCCCCAACCCGACCAUGUCCAAGCAGAUCUUUCCCUGGAUGAAAGAGUGUCGACAGGCGACCAAGCAGAAAAACUGUUCGCCCAGCAACAACUCUGGCAACGUAUCAGGAGGAGCAGAGAGUGGCAGCAGUGGGGAGAAGAGUCCCACCAGCGGGUCUUCAGCCUCGUCUAAGCGGGCCCGUACGGCCUACACCAGCGCUCAGCUGGUGGAGCUGGAGAAGGAGUUCCACUUCAACCGGUACCUGUGCCGGCCGCGCCGCGUGGAGAUGGCCAACCUGCUGAAUCUGUCCGAGCGGCAGAUCAAGAUCUGGUUCCAGAACCGACGCAUGAAAUACAAGAAGGACCAGAAGUCCAAGGGCCUCAGCUCCAGUUCUGGAGGGCCCUCACCGGCUGGCUCCCCCCCCCUGACCAUGCAGUCCUCCGCCAGCUUCCUCAACUCCAUGCACCCUAUGGGAGGGGGUGGGGCGGGCUACGACGUCCCAUCUCCGCCAUCCUUCGGCAAACCCCACCAGGGAGUGUCCUACUCCAUGUCCACUGCCUACUCCAACGUCCCCAUGAAGGGCUGCCCCCCCCAGCAUAAGUACGGCUCCCCAGACCCGGACUACGGCGACCCCCACCCUCACCACGGCAUGGCCAGUAACGCUGGCUACGGAACUCCCAACAACAUGCAGGCCAGUCCAGUGUACGUGGGGGGGGGCAGCUAUGUGGAACCCAUGCCUGGCUCGGGGCCCUCCAUGUACGGGCUAAACCACCUCGGCCCCACGCCACCCCACCACCAAAACAUGGACUACAAUGGUGCGGGGCCCAUGUCGGGCGCCAACGGGCACCAUGUGGGUGGAGGGGGCCCCCCGGGCCCCUGCGACCCGCCCCCCCACCAGACGUACACCGAGCUGUCGGCGCACCACACCUCGACUCAGGGCAGAAUCCAGGAAGCACCCAAGCUCACUCACCUGUAGCAGGUUUGCAACAACACCACAACGUAGGAAGUAGUGAAGACGACAGACUAACAGACUAACUAACAUGUGGGGACCUGCUGCUGCACGGGGAUAGCAGGGGGGCCACAAGGAGACAGACAGGAGCCAUCCAGUGGUUUGUCCUGUGCCCUACAGCCUCAGAGAGCCC